CGGGAUUUCUCCUUCCUCCUAGUGCGUAGAUCUGGGUUGGGCGGGCAGCAGUUCUGGCUUCUCAAGACUCUUGUCUUCCCUGCCAAAGGAGAAUCAAGGAGCAGAAGGAGAAAAUGACUUCUGGGCUUCUGAUAGCCACUGCCCAGAAAGCACUGACCUUCCAAGAUGUGGCUGUGGAGUUCACCCAGGAGGAGUGGGGGCUGCUGGACCCUGCUCAGAAGGACAUGCACAGGGAUGUGAUGCUGGAGAACUAUGAGAACUUUGUCUCCCUUGGCCUUCCAGUUCCUAAACCAACUCUGCUCUUCCAUUUGGAGAAAAGAGAAACACCAUGGCUACCAACAGGAGGAGUCCUGGGAAGUACCUACUCAGGUUUCCUUGUACAGAAGCCAAAUUGUGAAAGCACAGAGUCAACUCCAAUGCAGCAUAUUUCUAUGGGAAAACCAUCCAAGGAAAGACUCAAAAAAGAUGGUCCCUGCAAUUCUAAGUUGGAAGAAGCUUGGGAUUUUGAUGUCAGGUUAGAGAGGCAGAACAACCACCAAGAGAAACCAUCCAGACAAUUAAGAGUCAUUCACAAGAAUAUUUUUAAUAGAUUAAAUACUAAUGAAUAUACUACAGAUGAAAAAAAGGUCAAUAUAGGGUCAAACCUCAUCUCACAACAGAAAGUUACUACAGGAAAAUGUCUGCAUAAAUAUGAUAUACUUGGAAACAAUGUCAAACAGUAUUCAGACUUAAUUAAGCAUAAUAGUAUUUCCCUGGGGAAGAAACUUCCUAAGUAUAAUAAUUGCAGGAAACCUUUUAUUUACCAUUCAAACCUUAUUCAUUACCAUAGAUUACAUACACGAGGAAAAGACCCUAAGUAUAAUCAAAGUAGCAAAGGUGUCAGCAUCAACUCCUCAUGCCCUACUGUACAUCAAAAAACAAAUACAGGAGAAACCCCUUACAAGUGUAAUGAAUGUGGGAAAGGCUUUAAGCAGAAGAAAUACCUAAAAACACACAAGAUAAUUCAUAUUGGAGAGAAAUCUUUUGGAUGUAAAGAAUGUGGAAAAGCCUUUAGCAAUAAUCACAGCCUGUCUCAACAUCAAAUAGUUCAUACUGGAAAAAAACCAUUUAAAUGUAAUGAAUGUGGUAAAGCUUUCAGUAGCAAACGGUACCUAAUUGAACAUCAAACAGCUCAUACAGGAGAGAAACCUUAUAAAUGUAAUGAGUGUGAAAAAGCUUUCAGCUGGCAUGCCAGCCUUUAUGUACAUAAGAGGGUCCAUACUGGAGAGAAGCCCUUUGAAUGUAAGGAAUGUGGGAAAGCCUUCAGCAAGAAGGUAUAUCUUAUUAGACAUAAGGUAAUUCAUACUGGAGAGAAGCCUUUUGAAUGUAAUGAAUGUGGGAAAGCAUUUAGGCACUACUCUUCCCUUAUGCAGCAUCAAAAAAUCCAUACAGGGGAGAAACCCCAUAAAUGUGAUGAAUGUGAGAGAGCCUUCAGACAAAAGGCACACCUUGAAAUUCAUAAGAGAAUUCAUAACGGAGAGAAGCCCUUUAAAUGUAAUGAAUGUGGUAAAGCCUUCAGGAACAAGGUAUACCUUAAUACACAUCAAGUAAUUCAUACUGGAGAGAAACCCUACAAAUGUAAUGAGUGUGGGAGAGCCUUCAGGCGGAAGGCACAUCUGGAAACACAUAAGAUAAUUCAUACAGGAGAGAAGCCCUUUGGAUGUAAUGAAUGUGGGAAAGCCUUCAGCAGUAAUCACCACCUAAAUCAACAUCAAACAAUUCAUACUGGAGAGAAGCCUUAUAAAUGUAAUGAAUGUGGGAAAGCCUUUAGCAGUAAUCACUACCUAACUCAACAUCAAACAAUUCACACUGGAGAGAAACCUUAUAAAUGUAAUGAAUGUGGAAAAGCCUUCAGCACAAUUGCUCGCCUUCAAACACAUAAGCUAGUUCACCCUGGCGAGAAACAUUUUGAAUGCAAUGAAUGUGGGAAAGGCUUUAGAUACAGAUCGGGCCUUAUAAGACAUCAAAGGACUCAUACUGAAGAGAAACCCUAUAAAUGUAAUGAAUGUGGGAAAGUCUUCAAGCGGAGCUCAUCUCUUAUGCAACAUGAGAUAAUUCACACUGGAGAGAAACCCUAUAAAUGUGAUGGAUGUGGAAAAGCCUUUAGUCGGAAGGGAAACCUUGAAAUACACAGGAGAAUCCAUACUGGGGAGAAACCAUACAUAUGUAGUGAAUGUGGGAAUGGCUUCAGAUACAGAUCAGGCCUUAUACGACAUCAAAGGGCUCAUAGUGAAGAGAAACCUUAUAAAUGUAAUGAAUGCGGGAAAGUCUUCAAGAGGAGCUCAUUUCUUAUGCAACAUGAGAUAAUCCACAGUGAAGAGAAACCCUAUAAAUGUGAUGGAUGUGGGAAAGCCUUUAGUCGGAAGGGAAACCUUGAAAUACAUGGGAGAAUCCAUACUGGGGAGAAGCCAUACAUAUGUAGUGAAUGUGGGAAAGCCUUUAGGCAUAAAGGAAACUUUAAUGCACAUAAGAAAAUGUAUACUGGAAAAAAACACUUUGAAUGUAAUGAAAGUGGAACAGCCUAGACAAAGACCAAAUUAUUGCACAUAAUAGAAUUCACAGGACAUAAAUACCCAUUAAAUAUAUGCAACUUGAGGAAAAUUUGCAUUGCAAGAGAUCAUGGAAUUCACAUUAAAGGGAAACCUCAAGAAUGUGGCUUGGCCUUUAGCCAAAAGGGAAACCUUACCAAAAACUUUUACUUGAGAAAAAUAUUUCUAGUGUAAUGAACGUGAGAAAACUUCCAAAUGGUGUGGAAGCUUUAAGGAAUAUUAGAAUUCAUGCUGGAAAGAAACUUUUUGAUGUAAAAAAUUUGGUAUAGCCUUUAGGAAAAAAAGAAUUUUCAUGUUGAAGGGAAAUAUGUUCAAAGCAGUGAAUGGGCAAUCUUUCAAAUAAGAUAGAAAGAUAAAAGACCCUAAGAGAUUGCAUUCUUGGGAGAAGCCCUUCUUGAAUGUAAUGAAUGCGAGAAUACUUUCAGGCUUAGACAAAUCUUUAUUACACAUAAGAAAAUUCUUAGAGUAGAAAAUGUGUUUAUUUUAUUUUGAUCGUUAAUAUUUAGUAUAUUUGGGAAAGCCUAGAGGGAUUCUCUUACAGGAUACUACUAAGUAUCUCCUUAAAUGUUACUAAUGUUGGGGCAGCUAGGUGGUGCAGUGGAUAGAGCACUGGCCUUGGAUUCAGGAGGACCUGAGUUCAAAUUUGACCUCAGACACUUAAUACUUACUAGCUGUGUGGCCUUGGGCAAGUCACUUAACCCUCAUUGCCCCACACCAAAAAAAAAAUGUUAUUAAUGUACUUUGGAGCUCAUCAAAGACUACAUAUUGCAGAUUUUUUGUGCAGUUGUAGUUUUUGGAUAAAAGUUUCAGAAAAGUACACAGAAUUCUAGGAUUGUAAGGAAUCUUAGGAGCUCAUGUAAUCCAAAAUAUACUUGGAAAGAAAUUCCUUCUACAAUAUUGCCAAAUGGUAACCUGGCCUUUGAAAUUUUCCAGUUAGGGCAUAUUUCCCUCAUCUUUGCCAUGGAGACCUUAGAAUGUCUGGUGUAUAAGUCUAGCACUAAGAAACAGUAGUGGUCCAGCCCAGUGGGUAAGGGCUAUUUGAACUUGUGGCAAGGUCUGGAAGAGUCUCUAGUGGUCAUCUAGUCCAGCCUGAUUCACCUUAGUUUUCUUUUAUCACAUCAUCCACACAUAAUUACAUUUUUAAAAACUUGGUGCAUUAUUUCAACCCAACAAACAUUAAGCACCUUUAUGCAUUUUGUUUAUCACUGGAAAUAAAAAGAAAAAAAGUAAAACAUUUAUCUCCACCCCUGUCCGUAAGUCUUCCUCUCUUCUGAACUUCCUUAUUACUCUUGAGGACACCACCACUGUCCUAGUUGCUCAAGUUCACAACCUCAAUGCCAUCCUUAAUCCUUCUGUGCUA